AUGGCUAGUCAAGCCAAGCCAAAGGCUGCUGCCACCAAGACUGCCACAAAAGGAAAGAAGGCUCCCCUCAAAAAGAGACAACCAGAGCCUGAAUCCGAAUCGGAAACCGAUUCCGAUGAUUAUACGUCCGACGAAGAAUCAGAAGAAGAAGCACCACCCCCACGUCGACCGGCAAAGCAAAAGCAAAAGCAACAAGGUGGUGGAGGCGGAGGCGGAGCACUCGGUGGUGUCGGUGACAUGGUUCCUUUGAAUCAAGUUGGUGACACCGUCGGAGGGGCCGCCGGCCAAGUUGGAAACACACUUGGUAACGUUGCUGGCGGUGUCUUGGGUGGUGGUGGUGAAAAGAAGGGAGACGACAAAGAAGAUACACUUAGAUUACGGUUGGAUUUGAAUCUCGAGGUAGAGAUUACGCUGAAAGCGAAGAUCCAUGGUGAUCUUGAAUUGGCACUAUUGGAUACUGGUGGAUAA